GCAAUGUGACAUGUGGAAGACCCCUCCCCUAUUUUGAGUGGAGAGAGGGAGAGGGGGGUAGAGUGAGAGGAGGAGAGAGGAGAUAGGAGAAAAAUGCCUGCGGAGGAGUGAGAGAGAGAGGAACAGACGGGAGCCAGGAGGUGUGCUGUGUUACUGCUGCUGAGACUCCAGACUCCUGCAUGCGUCUGUGUUUCCUUUCUUUGUUCUCUGCCAGGAGGCUGCUUUAAAACCCUGAGCCCACAGCUCUCUCCUGCUCCACCACCAAACAGGACUACGCUCUGUAUACAUCUGCACACCAAAACUUUCACCACAGCUUUCUACAAACCAAAGCUUUCUACACACCAACGUUUUAUACAAACGUUUUUUUCUGGAAGGAACCAACCAGAACUCAUCUCUUCAAGCUCUCAGAGACUCUUCAAGACAGACUGACUCCGGCUGAGACUUCUUCUACACCUGAGGACUGUUGUUGGAUGUUCUAUAUCGUUGCUCGUUUAGCACAUGCAGGUCAUCUGUUAGCUGACUGUUCUGACUGGUCUGUGUGAGAGACUGUGGUUGGCCUGGGGCUUUUUGUGCUUCACUGAAACAGGAGUUGGGCCAUUUGGUCUGCAACCUUUUCUUUGUUUUGUUGGUGCAGGCAGAGUAACCGAGGAAGCUUCUCUUACCUUUCUAGAGCUGGGGUCAGGUUGCACUGCCAGUGCUGGUCUUGGUAAAGUCUGGUCAAGUCUGGUUUAAGCCCUAGGCUGGUUUAGUCUGGUCCUGCUUCUGAGUGUAGUAAGAUGAUGAGGGGGGCAGUGUUGGGUUUGUGGGUGUCUCUGGCCCUGUGUUGUUGCGUUCUAGGCUGGGCUGGAGGUGUAGAGGGACAGGAUACCGCAGGUGUCCAGACAGAGGUGAGACAGGCUGGACCUGUGGAGCAUGGCAGAGAGGGGGAGGAAGAGAGAGUGGAGGUUAUGAUGGACGACCCUGGCAUGGAGGUGGAGGAGAUCAAACCAAAGAAGAAGAAAUCCAUAGAGGAGGUGGAGGCAGCCAGGGCAAAGAAAGCCGCAGAGAAGGAGGCCAAAGCCAAGAAGCAGAAAGCCCCCAAGGCACCGAAAGCCACCAAGGCACCCAAAGCCCCGAAACCCACUAAAAAACCCAAAGCCACCAAGGCACCCAAGAAGCCCAAGGCCACCAAGGCACCAAAGGCCACCAAGACACCUAAAGCCACCAAGGCACCAAAGGCCACCAAGACACCUAAAGACACCAAGGUGCCUAAGGUCACCAAGUCCAAAGCUACGAAGGCCUCCAAGACAUCAGCAUGGAAGGAGGAGGGGGUGAAGCCGGUGACCAGGAGACCCAGUCUGGAAGAGGAGGAGGAGAAACUGCUGAUUGAGCUGGGCUGGGACAGAUUGAUCACACCUGUGACCCCUAAGGAUCCUCGAGAGCCAGGCCAGGUAGACAGGAGACCCUCGGGACCCACACCUCCCUCUACUGGCUCCAAGACCCUGACAGAGCAUGAGCAAGAUUACUGGGACGCCAAGAUGGACAGAGAGAGGACCACCACUGAGGUCAUCAUGUAUGUACCAGAGGAAACCACAGUGCCACCAAUGCCCUGGUACGAAGAGUAUGAUUAUGCAGACUUGGCAGCUAAAAAACUUGAGGAGGAGGCGGAGAAAGCUCGCAAGGAGAAGGAGGAAAAAGUGGAGCGGCUGAGGAAGAAGUGGGAGGAGGAAGAGGAGGAGAGGCUGAGGCAGAUCCCGGUACAUGCCGAACCCAAGAAAUGCCCUCCUCUAGGUCUGGAGUCCCAUCGUGUUAACGAUGACCAGCUGCUGGCCUCUUCUCAGUCUCACCAUGGCUUCUCUGCUCAGCGGGGCAGGCUCAACAUGCAGAGCUCCGGUGAUGAGGAGGGUGUGUACGGGGGUGCGUGGUGUGCCGAGCCAGAGGAGAAGAACCACUGGUUUGAGGUGGAUGCUCGCAGAGAGGUGGAAUUCACUGGAGUAAUCGUACAGGGCAGGAACUCAGACACAGCGGAAGAUUUUGUAUCCACGUUCUACGUGUCCUUCAGUAAUGACAGUCGUGAUUGGACGGUGCUCCAUGAUGGCUAUGCUGAGUGGUUGUUCUAUGGGAACGUGGAUAGGGACUCUCCAGUGAUGGUGCAGUUUGAUUGGCCAACCGUGGCACGUUACAUCCGUAUCCUUCCCCAGAGCUGGAACGGCAGCCUGUGUCUCAGAGUUGAGGUCAUGGCCUGCCAACUGACCAGCAGAUUCCGUAGUGAGAAUGAGGUCAACCCCACAGACAACCUGGACUUCAGACACCACAACUAUAAGGACAUGAGACAGAUGAUGAAGGUGAUAAAUGAGGAGUGUCCUAACAUCACUAGGAUCUAUAACAUUGGGAAGAGCUCUUCAGGCCUGAAGAUGUAUGCCAUGGAGAUCUCUGACAACCCCGGGGAACAUGAGACAGGUGAGCCGGAGUUCCGCUACACGGCGGGUCUCCAUGGUAAUGAGGUGCUGGGGCGGGAGCUGCUCCUCCUGCUGAUGCAGUUCAUGUGUAAGGAGUAUAACGACGACAACCCCAGAGUGCGCCGCCUGGUGGAGGGAGUGAGAAUACACCUUGUUCCCUCACUCAACCCCGACGCCUACGAACUGGCCUACGAGAUGGGCUCUGAGAUGGGGAACUGGGGUCUGGGCCACUGGACUGAGGAGGGAUACGAUAUCUUCCAGAACUUCCCGGACCUCAACAGUGUUCUAUGGGGGGCAGAGGACAGGGGCUGGGUCCCACGCAUUGUACCCAAUCACCACAUCCCACUCCCAGAGAACUUCCUCGAUGGCUCGGUUGCCCUGGAGACCAAAGCCAUCAUUAACUGGAUGGAGCGGACCCCAUUUGUGUUGGGAGCCAAUUUUCAGGGGGGAGAGAAAGUGGUGGCGUACCCAUUUGACAUGCAGCGGCCUCCAAAGGCUACAGGGACUUUGGGGUCUUGGCGUGGGUCGAGACCCGGUGUGGACCAUGAGAUGAACGAGGAAACGUGGGCCCGGAUGCAGCGUCAGAACGGGGACGCGCUACGGGAGACGUCUGACAACACCAUGUUCCGCUGGCUGGCCAUGUCGUACGCCCACAGCCACCUGACCAUGACGGAGACCCAGCGGGGUUCCUGCCACACAGACGACAUCUCUGGGGGACAGGGCAUCAUCAACAGGGCCAGCUGGAAACCUGUGGUGGGAAGUAUGAAUGACUUCAGCUACCUGCACACUAACUGCUUUGAGCUGUCUGUCUUCCUGGGCUGUGACAAGUUUCCUCAUGAAAGUGAGCUGCCUCUGGAGUGGGAGAACAACCGGGAGGCACUACUGUCCUUCAUAGAACAGGUGCAUCGUGGGAUAAAGGGCAUAGUGAGGGACAUGGAGGGUAAACCCCUGGCCAACGCCACCAUCUCUGUGGACGGUGUCAAGCACGAUGUCAAGACUGCUGCAGCGGGUGACUACUGGAGGUUGUUGAACCCCGGGGAGUACCGUGUGACGGCCCGCACCGACGGCCACAUGCCCCAGACCCGGCUGUGCAUUGUGGGCUAUGACUCCGGGGCCACCCCCUGUAGCUUCACCCUAGCCAAGUCCAACUGGGACCGCAUCAAGCAGAUCAUGGCCCUCCAUGGCAAGAGGCCCAUACGGCUUGUUACCAAGGCACCCCCCCAGGCAGGAAGUGACAUCAGCGGUGGGUCAGUUGGCAGUGUAGACGUAGCAAAGACGGGCGCCAGUGGCGGGACGGGCGGUACGUCGGCCAACUCCCAUAAUGCAGAGCGUCUCCGGCGGUUACGGCUGAUGCGCCUGCGCAAGCUGCACCAGCAGAGACUCAGGAAUAACCUCUCCACCACCACGACCGUUGCCACGACGACCACCACGGCAGCCCCCACAACGAUGGCGGCGCUGGAGACAGAGAGCACUACUUCCUGGUAUGACUCGUGGUUCCCUGUGGAGAGUUCGUACACAGAGCCCACACCUGCUGAGGUCCUCACAGAGACCCAGGAGUCAGAGCCUACACAGGACUACACCUUUGAGUACAAGUUCGAUGAUUACUAAAGUGAAUUUAAUUUAAUUGCUAAAGUAACAAAUUACAGUUAUUAAAUACACAAUCAUAACAAAGGCAUUAUUCAAAUUGUGGGAAAUUAAAAACAAAAUGUAAUUCCUUGCAGAGCUGAAAGAAAAUAUAGCAUUCUUUUUUUUUUUACACUUGUUUUAAAAGAAGAAUGAUUUAUCUGUGCUAUUCCAUUAAUGGCUCAUGAUGAUCUUAAAUGUAUUCGGAUAUAUUUUUGUAAUGCUCACACAUAGAUCAGAGAAUAGGCUACUUUCUCUCUCUGCAGAGCAGGGAGUUAAUCGCAUGUUAUUCAUAUUAUUUACUUAAGCAAGCCUAUUCUGAGACGUAGACAUAAAAUAGCCUUGACAUAAUAGGGUGCUUCAAAUAUUUCACAAUGAAAGAGUAUAAAAAAGUUAUUUGACACUCACGCUGAAGUCAUGCUUUGCUUCAAAACGUUGAUUCUGAUGUUUGGUUAAAUAUGAUUACUAAUAUCAGUGGAAACUGCCGUGUGUGUAUUGUCACAUUAAAGGAAUGUUCUAAAAAAAAUGUUUCAUACAAUAUCUUUGUUGUUUACAGUGCCUUAGGAAAUUAUUCUGACCCCUUUACUUUUUCCACAUUUUGCUAGGUUACAGCCUUAUUCUAAAACUGAUUCAAUUGUUUUUU